AUGAAGGGUAUGGAGAUGUUGCGCCGCUCUUCAGUAUUCGCGGCUGAAGUAAUGGAAGUGUUUGAUCGCUCCCCAACGGAUAAGGAGAUUGUGUCUCAGUCCAAGGCGUUAUGCAGGGACUACAUUCAUUCAAGGCUUAACCGGGCAGGGAUCGGUUGGUCUAAACCCGAGCAUGGAUUUUCGUCUGGUGGAACCUUGGGAGAGGUAUCCUCGGUUCUCCUCUGGUUAGGAGAUGAGCUGGAGUACCUGAGACCUAACGUCUACCGCAACGUGGCUCGACAACUCAACAUCACUGUUGCCUCCGAGAGUGUGGUGUCUGAUGCUUUCUUGGCAGUGGCUGCUGAAAUAUUCUCCACAGGUUUAUCAAAGACUAAUUUCACCCUCCACUUCUCCACAGGUGUGACAUGGGGUAAGAUCGUAUCCCUGUAUGCAGUGGCAGGGGCACUUGCAGUGGACUGCGUCAGGCACGGCCAGCCUGCCAUGGUGCACACCAUUGUGGACUGCAUGGGCGAAUUUGUUCGCAAAAGCCUGGUGCCAUGGCUGAAGAGGAGGGGAGGAUGGGCUGAUAUCACAAAGUGUGUCGUUAACACGGACCCCACUUUUCGAUCCCACUGGCUGGUGGCAGCGGCUUGUACAUGUGGUCACUACUUGAAGGCUAUGGUCUUCUACCUUCUAAGGGAGAAGUGA